AUGUCUCUAUACCGCUUUGUCUAUAGAAAAUCAUACCACUUACCAGUGGACUUGGAGCACAAAGCUUAUUGGGCUGUUUCGACAUGCAACAAGAAAAUGGACAAACUUGGCGAGGAAAAGCUAUUUCAGCUCCAAGAGAUAGAAGAAUUGAGACUUUUCAAGCUUAGGGAUAAGGUCCUCAAAUUCAAAGCCCGUUUCAAAUUUAGAGACAGGAAGCUGAAAGAGAGAUGGGAUGAACCUUACACUAUCACCAAGGUUCUUGGCUAUGGAGCUUUUAAGCUCAAGGAUGAAAAGGAUGGCACUACAUAUCUAGCCAAUGGACACCUUCUCAAGCUUUUCUAUGGCAAGCCUGUAGAAAUAUGCCUCCUCACACUGCCCAAGCUGAAGCAAAAGAGCAGGCCUGAAACAUCAUCUAUUGCAGAAGCCUACUAUGAGAAAGAGAAUUUCCAGAUACUAUAG